AAAUGUUUUUUAAUCUUUUGACUAAUAACUUAAAAUACCACCUAAGGGGUUUCCUUCUUGAUCCUUAUUUCGUAUUCCCUACUUCGCAGGAUCCUGUGUUAGAGGCAUGGGUAGUGCUUUUACUUUGCAGCAUCUUGCCUUCUCAGAAACUGUCGUCAGCAUGUUUCUCGCUGAUUCUAUGACAGGGUUUGAAAUAUCAGAGACAAAACCUACAGGCAAUGUUUCCAUUUUUUAUAGAAGGCAAGAGGAAUCAACAACAGUGGAGUGCGAUAUGAGAAAUGUUGGUAACAGUUUUCUGUCGCACUUGUGGAUAAAACUAAACCUCUGAAUACCAUUAAGGAUGUAGUCUACAGCAAAGAAAAUAGAUAUUACAGACUUAUUGUGAACUUUUAUUUAUUCCUAUUACCAAAAUGUUGUGUCGAGUGGCCUGAGUUACAACUGAUUCUUAUUAUACAUUGUUAUGAUGACAUCAAAAGACUUUGAGCGCCACAACUAUGAAUAUGGAGAUCUAAUUGUGACAUGUCCAGUUCAUAUAUCAAAGGGCAUUCACAAGAAAGACAAUGAACAGAUUCUCCAGUACAGCUGUGCUUUGCUCAACUCUGGUGGUGGCAUAUUGAGAAUGAAGAAUAUUGACUGUCACUGUGGCACACAGUCUAAAUCUCUUGACAUGUGGUGGAGUGGCAUGGAAUCCAAUCUGGCAACAAUCCUCUCAGGGGACGACAUCUGCAAUUACUUUGAUUUUGUGGGUAACUACGAUGAUGAGUACUUCUAUCUCUUUGUCAAAUCAGCUGAGCACCUUUGUACAGUGGAUUACAAUUGCAGGCUUCCCACAGAUACAGCCACCCACUGUGUGACAUAUAAAUCAGCUGUGAAACUCUGUUCAACUCUUGGUAGCAGUAAGUCCCUGUCAGCUUUGCCCCCCAUUCCAACCUCAUUUGAAUAUGGCCAGAUAGAGGAAAGCUUAAAGCAAGAGGGCAAGCAGAUUCAGUUUAAGUUUCUGACUACAGAUAAUGAGCUGACAAAAAGGACAUUACCUGAAAAGGUCAGUUUCUAUUGCAGCAGAUACAUUUCUGCUUUUGCCAACCAUGAAGGGGGACACAUUUAUUUUGGGAUUGAAGAUUCAACUGCUGCUGUCCUUGGUGAAGAAAUGAAUGAAAGUGAUGAAGCAAGAUGUACCAACUUGAUUCAAGUUAAAAUGAAAUCAAUUAUUUGGGGGGACACAAGAUUUUCUGCAUUGAAAGGUGUUCACUGGGACAUCAAGUUUGUUCCCAUAUUUCAUUGUCCUAAUCAGCAAAGAAGGAAGGUCAUUGUAGUGUCAGUAUGUAAAAUGUUUGGUGGAGUCUUCACCAGUUGUCCUGAGUCCUAUAUGAUCACCAAAGUGCUGCAGUCAGACAGUCAUUAUCCUAAAUAUGGAAUCAGAAGACUGGAGUUUGAUGAGUGGAAAGCUGAGCUUUUAAACCAAAGUAGAGAUGUAAAAUCUCUUCAUUCAAGAUUUGUCAAGAUUCCCCUGAGAGCACCCCAGUCUCGGUUAGUGUUUUCACUCCCUCACACACUGCAGGCAGCUAGAGAAAAGGUUAUCAAGUUAUCAACAGGCCUGAAUGUCUACCCAAAGAAUAUAUUGCAGUCCUAUGGGAAUGAAACCAUGAAGAAAAUAAUCUCCAAACUUGCUUGCACAUUUUCUGAGGAGCCACAUCUUAUUAUCUCCCUGGAAGCAUGGGGACUAGAGAUUGAAAGGCCAUUUAAGCCCCCAUCAGUUUUGAGCACUCUUGUUGUCAUAAGCUCACUUUAUGGUCUGCAUUUGGUUUGCCUUGUGUCUAAUGUGGCCACAGAGGAUGAUGUCUGGACAUAUGCCAGGGAAAUAGCAGUUAACUUUAAAAAGGUUUUAAUCCAACAUGGAGGCUGUAUCAGUCACCUUGGUGUGAAGAUUCAUGUUCUAGACAUCAACACAUCCUUGAUACUUGAGAACUUUCAGGGAUCCAUUGAUGUGGACAUCUAUCCCCAGACUUACAAGCUUAGAGAGGACAACCUGGAUGAUAUCCUCACAGCACUGACCAUAGCCUUGGCUUCCUACAAGAAUUUAGGGGCUGAGAAAAACACAGACUCUGACUACUACUUUUUACUGACCUGUGAUCAGUUGGAGUUGCUGUGGUGUCAUCAGUUUACAAAAGAGCUCUGGAUACACGGACCUCCUGGAUCAGGUAAAACCAUUGCAGCUCUGGAGAUGAUCAAAGAAUUCAGGAGACGAGGCUGUCAGAAAGAAGAGAUAUUGUAUGUAGCUGAGAAUCCUUUAUUGUGCUCAUUUAUCAGUUCUUUCAGCCUGUGUCAAGUAGUUAGCAGAAGAGAACUAAUGGCAGACUCAUCAAGCCCUGACAUUGUUUUGAAAAAGUAUUCCCCAGUAAAAAAUGUCGUCGUUGAUGAAGCUCAGAACUUCAAAGAUCGAGAUGGUGAUUGGUAUUCCCUCUUGGAAAAAUUCUCACAGCAAAAUGUGGUAGAUCCUAAAUCCAUUGACAGGGGCUACUUUUGGGUGUUCAUGGACUAUGCUCAGAAGGUGCACAAGUUUGAGGCUGGUCUUCCAGGACUGAUUGGGAAAAACAACUUUAUGCUCAGAGAGAUUUCACGCAACUCUAAGGAGAUUUACGACUAUGCCACUAAGUUGAUGGAGAGUUCAAGUGGGUCAUCGGCCAACAAUGGCUUGCCUGUGACUUCUCAGUUAGGUCAUGAGUACAAGUCAGGGCAAGAUGUCAAUGUAGUCAAGUGUAAUAAUUCUGACUUGAAAGAUACUCUCUACAAGGUGCUGAAACAGUUCACCGAUAUGGGUGUUGACCUUAGUGACAUCGCCAUCUUAGUCAGUAAAAAAGCAGAGGCUGAACUGAUUGAGAGAGCAGUUGCAGAGGCCAACAUUCUGGACUCCAUAAAGAAGAAUGCACCAGAUGUAAAUACUACUGACUUUAUUGAUGGAAAAUUUAGCGCGGUUCCCAUGGAGACAGAGACUAACGGACCAUCCAAGCAGUUGGUGAUUUCCACAGUGAGGGAGUUUAGUGGUUUAGACAAGCCUGUUGUCAUUGGCUUUGACCCGCACAUCAAUCAGGAACAUGCCAACAUGGACAAAUUCCUUCUGAACUUGGUAACCAGGGCCAAAGACUCUCUGGUCAUACUGACUACCUCAGACCAAAUGGCAAAUAAAUUGAAAAUAGACAACUAAAUCAAAAUGGUUGUUUACAAUGACUAAACCUUUGUAAUGGAAGUUAAGCACAAUUUAAUUUUCUAUGGCUGUGGACUCUUCCUGCAUAUUUCAUCUACUUCAACUCCUAAUAUAAGUAUUUUAUAUUUUUAUAACCUUAGAUUUUUAAAAAAUUGUCUAAUGGACACAUUAGCUUUUAGAAUAUAUACUAUAUAUUUUAGUUUGUAAAAGCUUUUGUGUUAAUUCUUUUUAUAAUUUUGCAUUCAGUAAGAUGCAGUCAAAUUCUGAAUGUUCUGGUUCAUUUUUAAAUAUUGCCUGGAAUUUUGCGCAUAAUUUUUUACUGUUUCAGGUGUGUUUCAGAUUAUUACAUCCUAGCCCAAAUCUCUUAAAUGGCGGUGGGCAGGGUUUCAAAACCGAGAUCAUUAAAGGACAGUUCAGAGCGCACACCACAUGACCACUAUAUGUAUAUAUAUAUAUAACCAUAUAUACAUAACCAACUUAGCUAAUUAUCAAAAGUUAUUUGUUAACAUAGUUUUAAUUAUUUUUUUUGUUAAACAAUGUUGCUUAUAUUUAAUAUUUAUUUGCCCAUGCAGCAUUCAAUAUUUUCCUAUAACGAAUUUCUACAAGAUGUUUCUAUUGUUUUUUUUUUUAAAUCUCUGUUUUGUACCUACAUUUGCUCAAUGUGUUGAAAUUAUGUUAUUGUAAUGACGUCUUAUUACACUUGUUGUAUAAAGCUUCUUUACAUUAUUAUUUCAAAAUAUUCUUAACAUAUCAUAAUUUUAUGUAUAUAUUUAAUUGUAUUUACAUGUGUUAGAAAAAAAUAAAUCUUAGGCACUUUUGUUCUACUGUAACUUGCUUCAGUUCAAAGUGAAAUGAGAUAUAAAGCCUGGGCAUUAGCUAUGUUACCCACACAGCAAUUCCCCCCUCCACUCCAUGCAGCUAAUGUGUUAAGGAUCAACUGCAUCACAGAUUCUGUCAGGGCAUAGCAUUGUGUGCUGCAAGCUGCCUAAACUUCACUAACUCCCUUAUUUUUACUCAGGGUUGACUUCAAAAUCUUUCCCAUGUUUGGGUAUAGCUGAAAGGCAGCACAAGUUUAAGCCUAGAGUUUUCCUUCUCCUAGGUAAGGGGCAUGGUGGCUGAGUGGUGAAGGGCUUGGCUUCUGAACUGAGGGCUCUCUGAUUUAAAUCUCUGAGAAGACUGGGAUUUUGAAUUUCGGGAUUUAUAGUAUGCUCUGAGUACACCCCUCAGACCUGACAUUAGUUGGGGAAAGUAAAGGUGGUUGGCCACAUGACACACUUGUUAACCAUCGGCCAUAGAAAUAGAUAACCUUUACAUCAUCUGCCUAAUAAAUCGCAAGGUCUGAAAAGGAAACUUUAUUACUUUACUUUUUCCCCUAGGCUAAUGAGCCACCUCCCUUCUCCUGUCAGUGAUUAAGUUCUUCUGGACCUGAUAUGUGAGCCACUUGCCAAGGUCAGGAGUUAGACUGAUGGUUAGAGUCUGUUUGAGACUCUGCCAUUGGAAGCAUUUUAUAGGUCAAGUAUUGGAGUGCUAAUAUCCUUUGCCUCUCCUGUGGUUAAAAAUCUUGCUGAACUACUUUGUAUUCUAUUAGUUUGAAUGUCCAACAAACUUGACACAUUGUAUUUGAUGAUGACUAAUAGAAGGAUCCCAAAGUGUGCUCUACCAUUGCUCAAAAUGUGUUACAUUAAAUUAUCUGUUGUCAUCAAGAAAAAUCAGAAUUUAAAAGAAAUGUGCUUAAGAUAUUUUUAAUGCCAGUUUUUUU